CGCGGGAACGGCAGAACGAUAAAUACGAGUAACGAUAACUGGCCACAAGAGUUCGCACCAUGUUCGCGAUAGCGGUCCCGUUCGCUAUCGUGUUGGUGUGCGCCGCCGCGAGGCAGCCCGAGGCGCUGUCACCGGCAGGCGCAUACAGUGCGAGCAAAGACGCAGUGGAUCCGGAGUUGUAUCGAGAUGUAAUCGUCUCCCCCUUCGAGCCUCACUACGUUCAGUAUGACGAUAGUCCAAGAAUGUACUCUAUUACGAGGGAGGAUUUAAUGAACUUUCCGCGGCCUAUCACUCCUGAAGAUCUGCUGGGCAAGGAAAUCGCCGUACUCCGUCGCUGGGAGGGUAUGGAAAACCAAGACCCUGCAAGACAAGAUCCCUACAGCGUGAUUCUGGACUACAAUCAAGACCAGCCUUCCAUCCUCCUCGCUCGACUUCUAGGCCUGGGGGCAGACUACCGCAAAUUCUCUCAACUCCCACCCAACCUGCGAUCGUUUAACAACUUUAAUCAGAAUCGCGAUAUCGAAUUCGAAGAUCGACUCGAGAGCCAAGUUCGGAAAACUGAAGAAGAAAAGAAAACCAAAGAGGAGAUUGAGCUCGAGACGCUGGAGAAGCAGGAGAAGAGGAAGAAAUUCGCUUUGACGCCGCUUGAUGAGGGUUACUACGAUACGGAGCAAACAGAAACAAAUACACCUAGCAAUGUUAUGGAACCCCGCAAGACGAGGCAGAAUCCGAACUGGAGUAGGUCCAAGACCCUGAUCGCUGAUAACUUGGAUGAAUUGCGUCUGGGCGUCAGUACUGAUGGAGCCACAGGGAGCACGGUCAAGCCUCACCACAUUCACAUCAUAGAAACGGUGAACCCAAAACCAGUGGAAUCGAUUUACAGCAAUGCCCUACUAGCGGCUAUUGGCGCAGCCGUGUCCAUGGCAUUGGUCGGUCUGGUCUUCGGAUGGUAUACUAUCAUAUAUCUGCCCAGUCUCUCGAAGAAGGCUAAAGCAGCAGCAGACGUGGACUACCCGGCGUAUGGCGUCACCGGCCCUACUGUGGACCCCAGCGGGGACAGGAAGCUGGCCCACUCGGCCCACAUGUACCACUACCAACACCAGAAACAACAGAUCUUGGCUAUGGAGAGAAGCUGCUUGGGGCGCAACGGAUCUAUCUCGGACCCUGAAUCGGAAGAUGAGAAUGAAGAGGGAGACUACACCGUGUACGAGUGCCCUGGAUUCGCUACGACUGGAGACAUGGAAGUGAAGAACCCCCUCUUCAACGAGGAGCCGACCCCCGCCACGCCCGGCAAGUGCGAGGUGGUGGAGCCCCAACCCAAAAAUGAUUAAUCAGUAAACACGGUCUCGAUAUGCCGCUCUGUUUACGUCAAUUUCUGUCAAUGGUAUCUAUCUAUAUCUGUCGUUUCAGCAGCAAAUCAUAAAAAAUCAACAAAAAAA